UUAUUUGUAUCAGUAUGGAUACUUUAUUUUUUAAUCUGUUUCCACAGCAUUUAUCACAAAGUCUAGAACUUAGUAAGUUCUCAAUAAUAUUGGUUGAGAGAAUGAAGGUGUUACAGACUGACCUCUGAAAACUCAUAAGUUAAAGGCCUAACUCCUAGGACAACAGACUCUGACUGUAUUUGGAGACAGAGCCUUUAAUCAGAUAAUUAAGAUUAAAUGAGAUCAUAAGGGUGGGCUCUAAUCCAGUAUGACUGGUGUCCCUUUAAGAAGAGGAAGAGAUACCAGGGAGCUCAGCACACAGGGAAAAGGCCAUAUGAGGACACAGAGAGAAGGCGGCCAUCUGCAAGCCAAGGAGAGAGGUCUCAGGAGAAAUCAACCCUGUUGGCACCUUGAUCUUGUACUUCGUGCCUCCAGAAUUGUGAGAAAAUAAAUUUUUGUUGUUUAAAUCACCCAGUAUAUGGCAUUUUGUUAUGGCAGCUCUAGCAGAGUAAUAGAGGGGUCAAACACUUUUUGUACCUUGGCUCAGUAUAAGUCAGCAGGAGGUCACCUGCUGCUCCUAGGCAUUCCACUAUCCAGGCAUUCCACUGUCCAGGAGGGAAAGUCCCUUGAAAUAUUCUGCUCCUCCAGAAUUAUGGGCUCCUGUCCAUUAAAUAUCUGUAUCUGUAGGUGGUUUCAGUCAGAAUACAUGGCUUUUAUAGAAAUGAGUAGGAAAAAACUCUACUGAGAACUCCUUUUUGUCAACAUCUGAUCUCAACUAGCAAGUAAGGUACCAAAAGGUUUUGAAAUGACAUGAGGGCACAAAAAUUGGUGGAACCCUCAGGUGACCAUUGUCUCUUUCCUCUGGGAUCUAUAUACCUACCACAAUACCUAUUAUUUCCAGAGAGGAAUGAGGGAAUUGGGGAGACAGUUGUCACCAAAGCAAAGAAGCAGACAGGAAAUGGGAGAGUUAUUUUUCUUUCUGAACAAAUCCCUCGCCUAUAAAAUAAGAGGUUUAGAUUACAUAGUCUUUGAUGUUUCUUCCCUGUGCUUUAAAGGGAAAUAAAAACUAACAUGUGUUCCUAAGCACCUGAUAUUAUAUCAUCUUACACAGUCUUCAAAACAACUUUGCAAAGUACUAUUAUUAUACCCAUUUUGCCGAUAAAGGAACUAAGAUACAGACAGGCCGGGCGCCGUGGCUCAUGCCUGUAAUCCCAGCACUUUGGGAGGCUGAGGCAGGAUGAUCACUUGAAGUCAGGAGUUCAAGACCAGCCUUGCCAACAUGGUGAAACCCCGUCUCUACCAAAAAAUACAAAAAUUAGCUGGGUAUGUGUGGGGGUGCAGGCCUGUAAUCCCAGCUACACAGGAGGCUGAGGCAUGAGAAUCGCUUGAGCCCACGAGGCAGAGUUUGCCGUGAGCGGAGAUCACGCCAGGGCACUCCAGCCUGGGCAACAGAGCAAGACUCCAUCUCAAAAAACAAACAGAAAACAAAAACAAAAAACAAUACAGAGAGAAAAUAAUUUGCACGGGUCACACAGCCAAUCAGUGUAAUGAUCAGAUUUGAACCCAAGCAGGAUGAUUCCAGAUCCUGCAGUCAACAGCUGCGUUCUGCUUCUUAUCAGGUAAAGCAGGUCUCCCAGAGUGACACACAGAACACACAAAAUGAAGAGUGGCCCAAGAUCUGGAAAUGAUCCAGGGUUUGUGAGCAUCUGGCACUGGAAUCAAUCCAAAAUCAAUGUUUAAAUAACAGUUACCUUCACCCCCAAAUUGUCUCAUUGUCUGACUGCUGAAUUCGAAUCAGGGCUAUGGAGAAUGCUGCUUUGUGGUUUACUAUACAGUUUAAAAGUCACCAUGCCUGUACUGACAGCCCAACAAAUACACACACAGAGAGAGAUAACUUUAAAAAAAAAAAAAAAAAAAGAAUUUGGAGUGUAGAAAACAGCUUGGUUGCAUUUCUAGUGCACCAACCCCAGAAAACCCAGAGGCUUCAGAAUUUGAUGAGAUUUUUGCAAAGUGUGUUUUCACUACAAAAAUGAAUUAGAUGCCCCGAAGAGCUUCCUCUGUUCUUUGCUUGGCCGAGCACUUGCUGCAAACUUCCCUGAGGGGUUUACCCGAUGGUGAGCCUGUAGGAGGAAAAACCAGGGCCCUGGGCUUAUUUUUAAAGGAAAAAAAAAAAGUAAAAGUUUAAAAAAUAACCCCUCUUCAUUCAUCCUUAGAAUUACACUUUCCAGUGAAGUCUAGUACCCUUUCCUGGUAGAUAUAAUCCUAAUUAAAAAUAAAUUACAUGCUGUAUAGAACUUGAAAUGGACAAGAUAAUCCUAUUACAUAUGAGAAUAUAUCCUGAUUUUCUUUCCCGCUAAACUGUGGGAGAUAUCAGAUCAGUCUGAGCCCCCCAUUGUCGCCUCUUUGAAAACUUUCCUGGAGCCCUAAUCCAUCACGUGACGCCCAUGUCAAUCUUGGUGUUUGCACGCGAGUUUCACAAUGCCGGCAUUAGGCUCGGUAACAGAAACCCAGCUUUGCGGAGCCCGCAACAUUUGCAUUCCGAGAAAACGCCGGCCAUUGUGGAGCUGUGUUUGUUCUCAAGAUUGCGAGACAGUUGCCGGCGAAGUUGCUAAAACCGAGAGAAAGGGGCUCCUUUGAGCCUGCCCAGACCUUUUGGUAUGAUAACAAGGCGAUUCGAGCGGAUUUUGUGAGGCCUGAUCAGCACCCGGGCGGGCGAGCUCCCCUCCCUUUCCCCUACUCCUCUCCAGCGCCACCUCCCCGGACAUAUUUUCCUUCCCGGGGAGUUGCUGCGGACGUUGAUGUGCUAUUUUAAAUCGUAUUUCCAUAAUCGAGCGGCUGUCCGCUGCCGGCCCGGAGCUCACGGUGUUCGCGUGCCUUCACACCUCCACCGCCGGCACGGAAAGACCUGUGCGCGCCGGUGGCGGCUGGAGACUCGCGGCUCCCUUCCCGGGCUCCCCGGCUCCCGGCUCUCAGCCUCCCGGCGCCGCCGCCGUCGUGGCUACUUCCGAUCGACGAGGGCCUGGCCGCGGAAAAAACACUUUAGACCUGCUACCAGCCACCCUACACCCCUCCUCCCGCCUCCAGUCUUUUGCCUGCCCCUACUCCCCUUUCCUUUUCCCACUUUCAAGCACGCCUUGGUUUAUUUCAGCCUUGAGAAUGAGCAUGCUGACGCGGAAGCACUUUGAGUAGAAAUUGCAAGUAGUUCCGAAUCUCUGGCCAAGCGAAAAACCCAAACUUAGCGCGUGGCGGGGCUCCCGAGUCCAGCCCAGAACUGCGGGGUGCAGGUGCGCAGGGGGCGCUGGCGCGAGGUCCGGGUCCCAGCCAUUCGCGGCCGGGCUGUGCUCGCGGAAACCGCUGAAAUCCCUUCCUUUGGGACUCCGGCCCCAUUUCCAUCCACUUUCCCCACCUUCCGGGUCCUCCGCCCGGCAGCAGCAGCGCCAGGCGGGCCUGACCUUGCCCUGGGUACGCCAGCGGAAGCGCUGAGGCCGCUGUCCACCAGCCAAGUUCUGAACCUGUUCCCGUCUGGGUCUCCGGGGGAAGAGGGGUGAGGAGAGAUGACGUUAGCCUAGGGGCGCUAAAGGUCACCAGCCAGCCCCAGGUUGGGGUGGGAGUGUUGCGGGGCUCGGAAGGAAAAUAGAAAGUUCCUUCGACUGAGUGUACCCCCCAAGGAAUAUCUCCUGGGCGGGGACGGUGGGAGGGCUACAUACUAAAUCGCACUUGGGAGAUGGAAGACAGCGGAAGAAAGGGCUGCGAUUUGGGCUCCUGUAGGGGGCGCUCCUCCUUCCACGUCCCCGCGCGGCUGCAGAUGCCUGGCCUUAUUGCUUUUAGCAUUCCCAAGACUACAAGGUGGAAGAGGUGGAGAAGGGAACCCAGAGACACACCGCUCUGAGGAAGUCUCCAGCCACUCAUCAUCCCCCUCCCCAGUCUUAUAAGAGCUUGUAUUUAUGGAUGGCUGGAGCUGCAUGUUCCGCUCUCUGACAGUUGGAAGCACCUCUCAUCCCUGCCACCCAGCUCCCUGCUUGGUCUCCCUACUCCAAGGAAACUCCUGACCCUCUUCUGAAAAAAAACCCAAAACACACUCCCUCGAGUUUGAGGGAAAGGAAAACAUGGAUAGGACGCUGAAAGCAGGACCAAAAUCGGGAUUCUGAAGAAUGUUUACUGAAUUCAAUCUGCUUACCAAACCUAUCGCCUAAAAGGAAAAAUUUCUUCCAGUGAGUGGCUUUUGUUUUUUACCUUUCCUCCUUCGUGUGUAUUUGCAUAGCCUGCUCAAUAAAGCCCUUCAGUAAGAAUCAUUAAGAAUCCGUCUUGUUGCAGAUCCGAGCUCCAUCUCCCUGGCCGUCAGGGAUGGGAGGGGGCUAUCUGUGGGGCAGCGCAGCGCCCGGCCAGCCCCAGGAUCCGCCCAGCCCAGAUUUUGGCAGUGCGGAAGCUCCACACUUUCCUAGGCAGAUGGUUAAGUUCCCCCCACGUUCCUGCCAGGUUUCAACGUCACGCUGUGAUUUUGUUCUUCUGGAACCGGACGAGUGUUGCUUCCCAGAGUGGCCCUAUUAGAACAGAAAGAAAAUCCUCUAAAUAGGCGGAACAAGGCAUCAGGAGGAAAAAGUUCUCUAAAUGCACUUUAAUACGAGCCGGGUAUUGUGUGGAAUUCAGCGCCCAUCACCGUUUAGCCGGAGAGUUAUGGCAGUGAUUGGGGAUGAAUAGAGGAACAUAAUGGAUACAUGUGGCGUUUGCUCAUUAUAUUCAAGUUAGUCCAACUCCGCUGUGGAAACUGUUCAACUUUCUCUCCCCUUAGCUUGUCACAGUGAAAUAAUACAGACAUUGGGGCCUCCAAUGGGAUCGCCUGCCACACCAUUCUAUUUCCACUGCUAACGAGGGCUUCAUAAGCCUUUGAUACAGUCUGAUCUUUGAAACCUUUCCAAAUCUCCUCAAGCUUAUGCUAAAUCCUAUUUGGAACUUUUUUUUUCCUUGCCUGCUAGCGCCCAUGGCUUAAGAAGGCCAUUUGGACAGUGACGUGCAUACUAACAUAUCGCGGGGCUCUUUUCUGAAAGGGAAGUGGCAGCUCUGAUCACCGGGGCUCACACGAGCAAAACACAAUUGCGUACACAAAUUUGAAUAAAAUCAAUUUUCCCUUAUCCUUCAGGCUUCUUAAUCGAGAGGCUAUUCCAGGCACCGUAGCUAGGAGAGAAGGAAAGCAGAGCCUCAUUCAGCAGAGCAAGUCUGUGGGUAGGGGGCUGCAAGGGUUUGGAAGCCUCAGAGGUGCAAAAUGCAGAGUGUGUGUGUUGGCAGGGGCUGGGGGAAGGCGGAAUCAGAAGCCACUGAGGUAAAACCCCAGCGUGUUCGCACUUAGUUCUAGCCGCGGCACGGAGGGAGGCAGGCGACAAUUAACAAAACCAUCCGCUCCUUUUACUCCUGGAGCCCUGUGCCAACUCCUCUACAUGCAGGGUGCUGACAAGAAAAGGGGGAAAAAGCAAAAGGAGUUAAACAAAAGAAAGAUUCCCUAAUUUUCCUUUCUUGUUUUCCCCUCUAAGCCUUUCCACAUUAAAGGGAUUGUCAGAGGCAGGCGGAGGAGCGACGCGAGGGGGAGGCGGCCAUUGGCUGCCCGGCUCGGGUGAUUAGCAUAUCGGCGGCUAUAAAGGCAAAGGCGGCGCGAGGCGGCGCAGCUUCUGUAAGAGACGGAGAGGCGCAGAGUGAGGGCGGGUCCGCGCGUCCUCAGAGCCCGCUGGAGGCUCGGAGCUGCUACCCGCAGACUUCUCCCGCACAGGGCUCGCAAAGAGCGUGAUUCCGAGAGCCUGAGACUGACGCCCGACCUGGAAACCAGAGAAGACUUCCUUAGCCUUUCGGAUCGCACUUGAGGCUGGAGGCAUGAGUCCUGUGAGGCGUUGGGGCAGCCCCUGCCUUUUCCCCUUGCAGCUCUUCAGCCUCUGCUGGGUGCUCUCAGUGGCCCAGAGCAAAACAGUCCGAUACAGCACCUUCGAGGAGGAUGCCCCCGGCACGGUCAUCGGGACCCUGGCCGAGGACCUGCAUAUGAAAGUAUCGGGUGACACAAGCUUCCGCCUGAUGAAGCAAUUCAACAGCUCUCUGCUCCGGGUGCGCGAAGGCGACGGGCAGCUGACCGUCGGGGACGCCGGCCUGGACCGCGAGCGGCUGUGUGGCCAGGCCCCGCAGUGCGUGCUGGCCUUCGAUGUGGUCAGCUUCUCGCAGGAGCAGUUCCGGCUGGUGCACGUGGAGGUAGAGGUGAGGGACGUCAACGACCACGCGCCGCGCUUCCCCAGGGCCCAGAUCCCGGUAGAGGUGUCCGAGGGUGCGGCAGUGGGCACGCGCAUCCCCUUGGAGGUGCCGGUGGACGAGGACGUGGGCGCCAACGGGCUGCAGACCGUGCGCCUGGCCGAGCCGCACAGCCCCUUUCGCGUGGAGCUGCAGACGCGAGCGGACGGCGCUCAGUGCGCAGACCUGGUGCUGCUGCAGGAGCUGGACCGCGAGAGCCAGGCCGCCUACAGCCUGGAGCUGGUGGCCCAGGACGGCGGCCGCCCGCCGCGCUCCGCCACGGCUGCCCUCAGCGUGCGCGUCCUGGAUGCGAAUGACCACAGCCCGGCCUUCCCGCAGGGCGCCGUGGCCGAAGUGGAGCUGGCGGAAGACGCGCCCGUGGGCUCCCUGCUUCUCGACCUGGACGCAGCCGACCCCGACGAGGGACCUAACGGCGACGUGGUGUUCGCUUUUGGCGCCCGCACCCCGCCGGAGGCGCGCCGCCUCUUUCGGCUUGACCCGCGAUCAGGCCGCCUCACCCUGGCCGGGCCCGUGGACUACGAGCGUCAGGACACCUACGAGCUGGACGUGCGGGCGCAGGACCGCGGACCCGGGCCCCGCGCUGCCACCUGCAAGGUCAUCGUGCGCAUCCGAGACGUCAAUGACAACGCACCCGACAUCGCCAUCACCCCGCUGGCCGCCCCAGGCGCGCCGGCAGCCUCACCCUUCGCCGCUGCCGCCGCCGCCGCUGCACUCGGGGGAGCGGACGCUAGCUCGCCGGCGGGAGCUGGGACGCCGGAGGCUGGUGCCACUUCGCUGGUGCCGGAGGGGGCGGCGCGCGAGAGCCUGGUGGCCCUGGUCAGCACCUCGGACAGGGACUCGGGCGCCAACGGGCAAGUGCGCUGCGCCCUCUAUGGGCACGAGCACUUCCGGCUGCAGCCGGCCUACGCGGGCAGCUACCUGGUGGUGACCGCGGCGUCGCUGGACCGCGAACGCAUCGCCGAGUACAACUUGACGCUGGUGGCCGAGGAUCGCGGCGCGCCCCCACUGCGCACAGUGCGGCCCUACACGGUGCGUGUGGGCGACGAGAACGACAACGCGCCGCUCUUCACGCGGCCGGUCUAUGAGGUGUCGGUGCGCGAGAACAACCCGCCAGGCGCCUACCUGGCCACGGUGGCCGCCCGGGACCGGGACCUGGGCCGCAACGGCCAGGUCACCUACCGGCUGCUGGAGGCAGAGGUGGGCCGCGCCGGGGGCGCCGUGUCCACUUAUGUCUCGGUGGACCCAGCUACCGGAGCCAUCUACGCGCUGCGCAGCUUCGACUAUGAGACGCUGCGCCAACUCGACGUUCGCAUCCAAGCUAGCGACGGCGGCUCCCCUCAGCUUUCCAGCAGCGCCCUAGUGCAAGUGCGCGUGCUGGACCAGAACGACCAUGCGCCAGUCCUGGUGCACCCGGCGCCAGCCAAUGGCUCCCUAGAAGUGGCGGUGCCUGGGCGCACCGCAAAGGACACGGUUGUGGCCCGUGUGCAGGCCCGGGAUGCAGACGAGGGAGCCAACGGGGAGCUGGCGUUCGAGCUGCAGCAGCAGGAGCCGCGCGAAGCCUUCGCCAUCGGCCGCCGCACGGGGGAGAUACUGCUCACCGGCGACCUCUCGCAGGAGCCACCCGGCCGCGUGUUCAGGGCGCUCCUGGUCAUAUCCGACGGCGGCCGUCCCCCGCUCACCACCACCGCAACUGUCAGCUUCGUGGUAACAGCAGGGGGCGGGCGUGGGCCGGCUGCGCCUGCCAAUGCAGGAAGCCCGGAGCGUUCCCGCCCGCCUGGCUCUCGGCUCGGGGUGUCCGGGUCGGCGCUGCAAUGGGACACGCCGCUGAUCGUCAUCAUCGUGCUGGCCGGGAGCUGCACGCUGCUGCUGGCCGCCAUCAUCGCCAUCGCCACCACCUGCAACCGCCGCAAGAAGGAGGUGCGCAAAGGGGGGGCCCUCCGGGAAGAGCGGCCCGGGGCGGCGGGCGGCGGAGCCUCGGCUCCCGGCUCCCCGGAGGAGGCCGCCCGGGGAGCCGGGCCCAGGCCCAACAUGUUCGACGUGCUCACCUUCCCUGGCACCGGCAAAGCGCCCUUUGGCAGCCCCGCGGCGGACGCGCCUCCGCCUGCGGUCGCCGCGGCCGAAGUGCCGGGCUCAGAGGGCGGCAGCGCCACUGGGGAAAGCGCCUGUCACUUCGAGGGGCAGCAGCGGCUCCGCGGCGCGCACGCCGAGCCCUACGGUGCCUCCCCGGGUUUUGGAAAGGAGCCGGCGCCCCCUGUGGCGGUGUGGAAAGGACACUCAUUCAACACCAUUUCUGGCAGAGAAGCAGAGAAGUUCAGCGGCAAAGACAGCGGUAAAGGGGACAGUGAUUUCAACGACAGCGAUUCCGACAUCAGCGGGGACGCUCUGAAAAAGGAUCUCAUCAACCACAUGCAGAGUGGACUGUGGGCGUGCACCGCUGAGUGUAAGAUCCUGGGCCACUCUGACCGCUGCUGGAGCCCAUCCUGCAGCGGGCCCAACGCACAUCCAUCGCCUCACCCACCAGCCCAGAUGUCAACCUUCUGUAAGAGCACGUCCCUGCCUCGGGAUCCUCUGCGCAGGGACAAUUACUACCAGGCCCAGCUGCCCAAGACAGUGGGGCUGCAGAGCGUCUAUGAGAAAGUACUGCACAGAGACUAUGACAGGACAGUCACUCUGCUCUCCCCUCCCCGUCCAGGGAGGCUCCCAGAUCUGCAGGAGAUUGGAGUACCCCUCUACCAGUCCCCUCCUGGCAGGUACCUGUCCCCGAAGAAGGGAGCCAAUGAAAAUGUGUAAUCCCAUGCUGCAUGUCUUCACACAUAUACAGGUCACUCCGAGAAGCCCCUAAGUUAUUGACCGGUUUCAGUGUUGUAUAUAUAAAUAUGCAAGAUGUGCCUUACAAUGAAGUUGUUGGAAGCUAUUUCCAAUCACAUUGGUACUGUUUGGUAUUUGCAAACAAAAAUGUAGUUAAUGUAAUUUUUAUGAAAUGUGUGCAGUAUUUAAUUUUUCUUAUGCUAUUGACUUUAAUUUCAAUUGUGGCUUGCCAUUUUCUUAGUGUUUUUAACCUGUACAUUGUGUAAUGUAAUGUUUGUAUAUAAUGAAAUUUUGUUAUAUUUUUAUAUAAUAAAAGCUAAAGUGGAAGUUAUUGCCAAAGGAACUGUCUGUAAGACAAAAAACAAAACAUGUUGGAAUUACUUAAUUGAAAUUUAUCUUUCACCUGAAACAACCUAGUGUUUGAGAAAUUUUGCCUUGCCAAGUAUAACUUGUAUAUCUUGACUCUGUGGUAGAUUUCAAGUUCGAUGUUAUUUAAUUACAUUUGGUUUUCUGUAAACCGUGUCACUUAUAAGCACAGUAAUAAAAGAUUUGUCAUGUA